AUGGCGGCGGCGGCGGCGGCGCGCGGGGCGCUCAGGCUGCCGCGGAGAGCCGGUGCCCCCUGGAUCACCUCACUCGCCGCGCCCUUCUCUUCCUCGGUGCCGACAACCAAGCUCUUCAUUGAUGGGAAGUUUAUUGAGUCCAAAACUACUGAAUGGAUUGAUAUCCACAACCCGGCCACAAAUGAGGUGGUUGGCCGUGUACCGAAAGCUACAGCCAGUGAGAUGGAGGCAGCUGUGGCUUCUUGCAAAAAGGCUUUUUGGAACUGGUCGGAAACAUCUGUUUUGAGUCGCCAGCAAAUCUUCCUGCGUUAUCAACAGCUCAUCAAAGACAAUCUGAAAGAAAUUUCCAAACUCAUCACCUUUGAGCAAGGGAAGACCCUGGCUGAUGCUGAGGGAGAUGUUUUCCGAGGCCUCCAGGUGGUUGAACAUGCUUGCAGUGUGACAUCCCUCAUCCUUGGAGAGACCAUGCCCUCCAUCACCAAAGACAUGGACACUUACACCUACCGCCUGCCUCUGGGUGUGUGUGCUGGAAUUGCACCAUUCAACUUCCCAGCCAUGAUUCCUCUUUGGAUGUUCCCCAUGGCCAUGGUUUGUGGAAACACUUUCUUGAUGAAACCAUCUGAGCGUGUACCAGGAGCACUAAUGUUCCUUGCUAAGCUGUUUCAGGAUGCUGGUGCCCCUGAUGGGACUCUGAAUAUUAUCCAUGGACAACAUGAAGCUGUGAAUUUCAUUUGUGACCACCCGGAUAUCAGAGCAAUCAGCUUUGUGGGAUCUAAUCAGGCUGGCGAGUACAUCUAUGAGAGAGGAUCCCGGAAUGGCAAGAGAGUCCAGGCCAACAUGGGAGCCAAGAACCAUGGUGUGGUGAUGCCUGAUGCCAAUAAAGAGAACACCUUGAACCAGCUGGUUGGAGCUGCUUUUGGAGCAGCUGGCCAACGCUGCAUGGCCCUGUCUACAGCAAUUCUAGUAGGAGAAGCUCAGAAAUGGCUGCCAGAACUUGUGGACAGAGCCAAAAAUCUACGAGUUAAUGCAGGUGACCAGCCUGGAGCAGAUCUUGGGCCUCUAAUCAGUCCCCAGGCUAAGGAACGGGUUUGCAGUCUGAUUGAGAAAGGAGUAAAAGAAGGUGCCAGCCUUCUCCUGGAUGGACGUAAUGUCAAAGUGAAGGGUUACGAAAAUGGCAAUUUUGUUGGACCAACAAUCCUUGCUAAAGUCAAGCCAAACAUGACUUGCUACAAGGAGGAAAUCUUUGGGCCUGUCCUAGUGGUGCUGGAAGCAGACACUUUGGAUGAUGCCAUUGAGAUGGUGAACAAUAACCCCUAUGGGAAUGGAACUGCAAUCUUCACCACCAAUGGAGCCACAGCUCGGAAGUAUUCUCACUUAGUAGAUGUGGGGCAGGUGGGUGUCAACGUUCCAAUCCCAGUGCCUCUGCCCAUGUUCUCUUUCACUGGCUCUCGUGCUUCUUUCAGAGGGGACACCAAUUUCUAUGGCAAACAGGGAGUGCAGUUCUAUACACAGCUGAAAACUAUAAUUUCGCAAUGGAAAGAGGAAGAUGCCACCGUUGCCAAACCUGCUGUGGUAAUGCCAACUAUGGGAAACUAA